GCAUUCACAUGUAUACUGAAUUGUUUGGUGUCUUUCAGUAAAAUUGCUAUUUAAACUCGUCUUUUGAAAAAAAAAUAUUAUGUCGUAUACAACUGAGAACGAUUCAUCUGAUCAUCAACAUCCAUGUGAUGAGCAUAUUUCACUUGGUGAUGAAGAUGAUGGUGGUAAUUCUAAUCUUACUUUAUCUAAUGAAGCACAAUAUGAUCCGAAUUUAACUGGUGCAGAAUAUUAUCAAACUGGCGGUUAUUGGCAUAUUGGAACACAAAUGAUGGAUUGUUUAUUUCAAACUGAUCGAAUUGCAGAUGUAGCUUUUGAUCCUUUAGAAGAAUUAAUCUGGUGUGUAACACGUACAGGUCAAUUGAGUGCAUUCUAUUCAACUACUAUGGAACGUUAUAUAACACUUACUGUCCCAUUGAUUUCGGAUGUGAAUUCACUUGACACUGUAACACCAUAUAGUGGAUUAAAACAAGUCUUUCCUUCACCUCGUCCAAUGGAACAUUCUGUUUUUGUUCUGGCUAAUAAUGCUUUACAUGCUUAUACAAAAAUGGGUAGACCUUUAGCUUCUGCUGUGGCAAUAUUCCUCAUCUUUGAAUUCUCAGCAUUUGUAGAUAUCAAUGCUGCAAUUAGUAAUAAAGCCUUUUAAACAAACUAUAACAAGUGUGGGGUGGCAUUGAGUUUUUUAUUGGAUCAGCCGAAAUCAAACGACUGCAUCUUUCACCAUAUUAAUAAGGGAUUUCAAUGUUUCCCCACCGUUUGAAUCGUGUGUUUAAAACGAAUGGAAGAUUAGUCAAUGCUUUGUUAUGCAUAAAUUUAUGCUUGAAUUAGAAUGCUUAACUGUAACUGGUCCCACAGGGACACUAAUGAGUGGUUCUGGUUUAAGAGGAGCCGGUAGUGGGAUGGGGAAUUUUACACGAUUCUUUUUGGGUGGUCUACAACCAUCGGUAUUAGAAGUAGAUGCUGUAGAACGUUGGGGUGAAGUGAUCAAUACAAUCGAUGUUGGGAUUGGUGGAUCUGUAGUGCUUCGACCAUUUAGUGGUGGUUUAUGCGCUGGGAAUACAAACGGAAAAGUUAUGAUAAUCGAUUCACGUACCAGUCAUGGUAUUGUUCGUGAAUUAGAUGCGCAUACUGGUGAAAUCUCUGAUAUGACAGUUGAUGCCAAUAGUCAUACGCUAGUCACUUGUGGAUGGUCACGUGUCGGUGAUUCUGGAUUACGUGUGGACCGUUUGUUAAGAGUAUAUGAUCUUCGAUCGGGUCGUGCACAAGUUCCACUAUCCUCAUCAUUAGAUCCAUGUUUUGUUCGAUUUAUACCUGGUUGCAGUGAUAGUUUAUUGGCUACUUCACAAAUUGGUACUUUUCAAACGAUACAAUGGGGUAAAAUUGCCUUCUCCCCUAAUGAUUUAGGUCAACUAUGGUUAGGUUAUGAUCGACUAGUUGCUACAGACCUAUCACAAAAUGGAAAUUGUGUGGUUUUUGCCACUGAAGCAGGACAAUUACAUUUAUAUAUUCAUGAUAUCAAUGUAUGCCAAUUUAAUACAACACCAUUACCGACAGAAUUUGCUUCACCAUAUGCAGAAAGUUUAUGGCCAACAAAUACCAUACCAUUGAAUUAUGCAUCAACAGCCACAUCCUCAGCAGAAGCAGCCGCGGCAGCUGCAUCCUUCAUGAUUUACAAUGACCCAACAAAUGCUGCAUUAUAUGGUAAUAAUUUAACUGGAAUUGGUAAAACUGCUGCUGAAUCAAUCGGUUUACAAAUGUUGUCAGCUUCAUUGCAUCAAUCAACAGAAAAUUUAUCGAAUCCCGAUUUUCUCAAUCUUGUUGAAUGUCGUAAAAUGGAAGCAGCCAAUGAAGCUAUGCUUACAGCUUAUAAACCAAUUGACUAUGAUAAUUAUCGAUUUUCACUAGCCAGUAUACCAUUUGCUGCUUAUCCACCGGCCGUAUUCAAUUUAACCAAUCAUCAUCAUCAUACAAUGAUGGAUUUGAAUGAUGCAAAUUUCUUAUGGAAAACUAAAUACGAUACAAUGUGUACAUCAGAUUGGCCGGAAGAUUUAAAUGAAUCACAACACAAAGUAAUGAACGAAGUUGAUCCUGAUCUUUUGAAUAAUGCUAAUAGAAAACGAGCUGUACGUAAACCACCUCAAUGGGGCACUGUAUGGCAUCCAUAUCCCACGGAUGACAUGACAAUAAGCUCAUCUAAUGCGCAAAAUAAUGUUGAUAAUCGUUCAAGUCCAUUGCAAUUCGGUCGUUUCGAACAUGUCACAGAGAAAGUGACAUCGACAACAAACAACACCACAACAACUGCAUCAUCCUCAUCGACGAUAGUUGCCAACAGUAAAAUUCCUACAUCCGUAUAAAUCACGUCAUCGUCAUCAUUAAUAACAUGCAUUUCAGUUAUUUGUUUCUGUUGUUGUCACUUGACAUUGAUUUUUUGUGUGAAACAAGUCUACAUAAAUAAUUUGUAAUUCACACCAGGACCAUUUUUUAUCGGUGCUGUGUAUAGUUUUAUUUCUUAUUCAUCUUUUAAUAUAGACACAUACAUGUUUUUGAUUUUGCAAAUAAAACAACAACACAACGCAUUUUGUUCAUCUACACCAAGCUAUCAUCAUACACAGUCGGUUUUAUUUGUUUUUUUAUUCACUAUGCUUUACGUACUACUGAAUAGUUUUGUUAGUAGUUUAAAUAACGAUGUACAAAUGUUUAGAUUUUCCCCAAGUUCUGUGGUCAUGUUGAAGUCCACGUUUACUUUAUUCUGUUGCCUUUUUGUUCCUCUUCAUAUGUACUAUAUAUAAAACAAAUGAACAGAUAGAUGGGUUUUUUUCAAACUAUAACAUAACCUAUCAUUAUGUGAUUGCCUUUUUUUUAAAACAAAUAUUCCACUCCUGUUUUCCAUUUUUUGACUGUUGUUUUUAUAAACUGUUCAUGAGUGAAUAAAUAAAUAGACGACAAUUUUUUUUUAGACAACUAUUGUUUAAAAUGUUUUAGAAAAAGAAGUUUUGGGCGAAUA